UUGCUUAGCAUCUUUAGCAGUCUGAGAAUGCUUUAGUGUCGAGAGUUCGACUAUGACAAUGGCUUCAAACAUCAAAGUCCCAAUUUUCGCAGACACCAACUUGGGCACUCGCAUAGCCAUGGCCGUCCCUCCAGAGAUCACAGCAGUAGAUUUUAAGAGUAGGCCACCACACAAACACAUAGGAAAACUUGAGAGAGUGCACUGUAAAUGCUUCGCAGGAUCAGGAGAUAUAGAAGUUUGUGGGCUAAUGGUGAAGAAAAAGUCAUGCUUCUACUACCUGCCUGACUCAAUUCCUAUGAAGUAUGCUUUCCAGGGAGUGAGGGGUACUUGGUUUCUUCAUGUUGAAGUGAAAACUUCAACCAAAUGUUUUGCUCCGUGCUUACUCGGUUUGGCAGUUGAAAAUUCAUUUGCAAGUGCUGACAAGAGCAUUACAAAAGAUGAGAGAAAGAAAUAUCAGGACAUAGAAUUGCAGAGUCAUAAAUCUCCACUUGAAGAGGGUAGGUAUGCUGGUGUUUCAACCAAGAAAACAAAGAGAGAAAGGAUUGGGCAUUUUUUAGAUAACAAAUCUAAUGGAAAUGAGAUCAAAUGCACUGGUUCAGGCACGAAAACUGCAGUUUUAAAUGCCAACAAGAGUUCCGAUCACUCUGCAUCAGUUAAAGAAGUUGAACCUCCAUGUCCUCAGGCUUCUACAUCAAUGACAGAAGUCUCAAGUGAAAUGUUUUCAGAUGCCAAAUCUGUUACUAGCAUCAUUAAGAGAUAUUUUCCAGACUCAAACGAGAUUAGCAAUUUCUCAAGUUCUGAUGCUACGUCUAAAAUUCGAAAGCGGAGGAAGAAAUACUUAAAGACCAAAUUAGAUGAUCGAGUUGAAUCCUUUCCCAAGUUUGCUGAAUGGAGUCCCUCAAAUGUGUUGCCUUUCCCUUUGCCAAUUACUCCUCCUCAAGAAAUUUUAGAGGGUAAGACUAAUGGACCUGAAGUCGGGAAACGUCUCCAAAUGGCCUCAAAUAAUCUUGGGUCUUCUGGAAGCAAAAAGAAAACUGCAAUUUAUUUCUGCAGAUCUAGGGAUAUAAAAGUAUUGGGGUUUGAUAAUCCUUUGGCUAAAUGGUCAGUUUUUGAGAUCAGUGAUAGUGAUGACUAAAACUCUAUGCAUUGCUGUAUCACGUUUCCUCAGGUUUCAUCCUUAUUAUAUGCCAACUCCUCAGGUGUUGUACUAGUUAGUGGUUUAUGCAGUUCUUAUUGCCACUAGCACAACAGAACGACACUUAAAGGAGAUGGUGGUUGACAGUUCGGAUACUACGGAUAGAAAGAGCCCUUUCUAAUUAAGAUUUUGGAUACCAAGAACAGAAGAAGAAUGCACUUUUAGGUGAUCUCCUCCAAACUACAGAAAUGCAAUAGCGAAGAACAGGUAAAUAUUUGCACCAGUUAUGAAUAGCUGUCAGCGGCUGAGUUAUCUAGAUUUCAUUGCAGACAUCAGUUAAACUAGCUAAAUUGAGAAGUGCUUAACCAGCCAUUUAGUGUCUUCUGGUUUUGUUUUCUUAAAGUAAUGAUGUGUGUGUUGAAGGUUGAAGAAUAACAUGUACAUUACUGCUGUCUGGUUUGUUCUACAUGAAGAAAUGGGGUGAUGGGAAUGUGAUUUGGAUGUAUAAAAAUAUUGAUUUUGAAGAUACGUAUUUUUCCGUUCGGGUCAUAUGUAAAUGCUUGGGAACUGCUUGUAUUGGAUUGUG